AUGAACAGGUUCGUGGCCUCGCAGCACGACUCUUCGCCGCGAAAGUCGCGCUCAAAAAGAUGGAACGACACGUACAACAUUACUGCAAUGAUAAAAGCAAACGCAACUUCGAAGGACAUUUUGCUUAGUGUUCAUGGUUUAUCUGAAAGCGUGACUAAGGACGACGUCAUUAUAUUAGUUAUCGAUAGUGAAAACCUUGAUAAAACCGAUAUGGAAUCCUUGAAUUCGGAGUAUCGAAGCGACAACACUAGUGCAUCAACUAAUGAGGAGACAAAAUAUGACUCUGAACAAGAACCAGUAGUGUUAGCCUGA